GGGCACGCAGCUGAUUCGUGGUGUUUCAGGUGGAGAGAGGAAGAGGACAAACAUCGGCAUGGAGCUGAUCAUUGAUCCGCCGGUGCUUUUCCUGGACGAACCCACCACCGGCCUGGACGCCAGUACAGCCAACUCUGUCCUCAUGCUGCUCAAGAGAAUGGCGAAUAGCGGUCGCACCAUCAUCCUGUCCAUCCAUCAGCCGCGGUACUCCAUCUACCGGCUGUUCGACAGCCUCACGCUGCUGGUGGGAGGAAGGAUGGUGUAUCACGGCCUGGCUCAAGAAGCCCUGGAUUACUUCAGUCAGAUCGGAUACACCUGUGAACCUCAUAACAAUCCUGCUGAUUUCUUCCUGGAUGUCAUCAAUGGAGACUCCACUGCCGUCGCUCUCAACAAGCUAUACAGCAAUGAGGAACUGGACCAGGAGCAGCUGAGUUCGUCUCUGAAGGGCAUCGAGGACCGUUUGGUGGAAGAAUACAAGAACAGCACCAGCUACAAACAGACCAAAAGCGAGCUGGAGCGAAUCGUUCAGGGACAGGAGUACAGCACACGACCCAAAUCCAGAACCAUCACCUACAGCACGUCCUCCUGCCACCAGUUCAACUGGGUCCUCAGGAGAACCUUCAGGAACCUCAUGCUGAACCCACAGACCUCAUUCGCUCAGAUCGGGGUGAUGAUUUUCCUGGCUUUGGUUGUUGGAGCCAUAUUUUUUGGAGUGGAGAAGAAUUCAAGCGGCAUUCAGAACAGGAUGGGCGCGCUGUUCUUCAUUACCACCAAUCAGUGCUUCAGCUCCGUUUCCUCAGCUGAACUCUUCAUCACUGAGAGGAAACUGUUUGUGUGAGUAAAUACACACACACACA